AUGGCGAGCGCAGACUUGAUGGAAGCGAGGUCCUUGAGCUGCCGGAGAGUCCUCGAUCUGCGAAGGCUCGAAAGUGAGCCUGGAUUGUGCGAGCAGCAGCGUCGCGGAGGGAGUACGACGAGGAGGAGGUGCUGCCGCGGAGGGCGGACUCCAGGACGGAGAUGCGGCGGAGGAGGGAGGCGAUGGUGUGUUGAGUCUCUCUCUCCUCAUCGUAAUAACCCUCUCGAAAACUGGGUCGGUGCUGAUGGGAAUCGGAGAUUGGGGUUGGGGCGGGAUAGAGGUGGGGUUGUGGCGGAUGGUGGUAAAUUGGGUUGCAAUCAGGCGGCGGAGGCAGCGGGGGAUGGUGGUGGCACGGCGGGUAGGGAGGGCAACAGCAGCAGAAGGUCGCGGCGGUGGGGUGGUGGCGGAGGUGGUGGUGGUGCGAGGCCAUUUUUGGUUUAUCUGCCGGAAUCUCUACUGCGGUCACGGGAGACUGGUUCUCGGUCCGACAGGCCAUUUUGGUCCAAUCCUUAG